CCAUGUGGUCAAUAUGGGAAACUUGUGCCUGUCGACAGUUUGGUCGGCACUGAAUAACUGGGGAUGUUGUAAAUGUGGAAUGGACGUGGUUUUAAAUUAGUAAAAAUCUGUUUAAUUGGCUCUUGUUUCACCAAUCUGACUAUUUCAACUUUUGUUGCCUGUGGAAAUGAGUGAACCAGAACUCAGUGCUUCUGAAGAAGGCAUAUUUGCUGCUGAAUCUUCAAAUCAAUCAGCUUCUCCUUCCAAACCAUCUCGUGGGACUAAUAAAAGAGGAAGGGGAAAGUCAAAAAGAAGUCGAAAAUUGUCUAGUGAUAAUGACUCCUCUAGCAAUGGCUUACAUGUUUCAAGUCUGAAGCAUGUAGGCAAAUUUCGAUAUUUGUCAAAUUUGACUCAAACUGAAAAUUCUGAAGCGGACCAUGCCAAACCGGUUGCUAGCCGAGGGAAAAGAGGGAAUGGGAGGGGCAGAGGGAGAGGGAGGAGCUCUUCUAAUCACAUGACCUCUUCCUUGAACACGAGUGAGUCGACGAACCAAGUUAGUAGAAGUGGCCGUCGUAUCAAACCCAAUAACCGUUGGGCCCCAGACGCCGAUUUUGAUCCGGGGCCGGUAAAUAAAGUUCUUCCUGUUCGUCAACGCACGGCUGCCAUAAAAAGUGCUAAAACAAUACCUCAUGACAAACUGGUUUCUCAUCAGCAUUGCGGGAAAGAAAUUAAUGCUGGCAUUGCCGAAGACUUGGCUGCCAUUGGCGAGCCCGUUAAGCAGAAUGAUUCAAUCUGUGAAGAUCGCCUUGUGGAUGACGGCAACGAAAUUAAACAGAGAGUUGAAGAAGAUCAAGUUCAUUUACCUACGAUAAAUUCUCUUUUCGAAACAUCGGAAGCCAAUCACAAAAAUCCUGCUGUUGAGGGAGAAAACACAGAGAAGUUUGAUGAGAAAAUCAACUUUCUUAUACCUGAAGAGGUCAAACUGUCGCAUGAUACAACAUCUACUGUACUCGUCGUCCAGGACCUCACUACGGAGGAACUAGACGUCGUCCUUCACCCACCAGAGAUCUCGGUUGAAGUAGUUUGUUCUAAUGAAUGUGAUGAAAAACAUAUUCUUGAAGAAGAACAGAUGAAAAGUCCCACAGACUACGUCUCAAUGCAAACUGAGCCCUCAUCAAACGUUCUUACCAGUUCGCAAGUCGUGUCAGAUAUUACCGAAAAUUUGAACCUUGAGGUUACGCGCGAGAUUUCCUUGCCCGAGUGUAACAAAGAAGUUCUUAUUCAUGUUUAUGCCAGUGAUUCUACAAGUAGUGAACGCGAAGACUCUUCUCAAGGAUUGGCUGUAAAAGAUAAUGUGACAGAGCAGCUAUAUAACUCAUCGGCUGGGAACACUCCAAGGAGAGAUGAUGAAUCCUUUGAUGCCCAAUCUGUGCUUAUCUCUCCCAAACCUGUUAAAGUGAAAUCGAGGUGGCGUCGGACUAGCGAGCUAGAACAAGUGGUUGGUCGUAAUGGAAAUUCAGAUCAGAGUAGCUGUAACAACAGUCCAUGCAGUAUGUCACCAAAAGCUGGUUGCAGUCUUCCACCUUUAUCCGAUACCAGAGACUCUGAGGGAAAAACCCAGUUAGAAUUAGGGGAAAAUAUUGCCAUCAUACAAGAAAGAUUGAAAUCUUUCGAAAUUGUAGAAGAAAAUCAAUACUUAACCAGUAGGAACACCAGCAAGGAGGUCAAAAGGAUGUUGUGUGAUUGUUCCCUCACUAAAGAGGAAAUUGCUCGUGGAGAACUCGGUUGCGGAGAAGAUUGCAUCAAUCGACUCCUUAUGAUAGAAUGUGGACCUCGUUGCCAGUUAGGAGUUCGAUGCACAAACAAACGUUUCCAGAAAAGGCAGUAUGCUAAAAUAGAAGUAUUUAACACGGAGAAGAAAGGAGUUGGACUUCGUGCUCUGCAAGAUAUGGAUCCAGGAGAUUUCAUUAUUGAAUAUGUGGGAGAGGUAAUUGAUCCUCGGGAAUUCCAUCGCCGUGCCAAAGAUUAUGCGCGCGAAAAAAAUAAACACUACUAUUUCAUGGCUUUGAAGUCGGAUGCCAUCAUCGACGCAACUCAGCAGGGCAACGUGUCACGCUUUAUCAACCACAGUUGUGACCCGAAUGCAGAAACCCAAAAAUGGACUGUAAACGGUGACUUACGGGUCGGCUUUUUCGCACGUAAAACUCUUAAACAUGGGGACGAAGUUACUUUUGACUACCAGUUCCAACGCUAUGGUAAAGAGGCACAGCGUUGCUAUUGUGAGUCUGCCAACUGUCGAGGAUGGAUAGGAGAAGAUCCUGAAAAGGAAGACAAGAAUCGGGAUAAAAAAGAAAAACGAGAUCGCGAGAAACGAAAAAGCCGAAACGUAUUCAGGGAAGAGGUUAAUACCAUUGACCUGGAAAGUGAAAUCGAGAGAUUGGUUACGUUGGGAGUUAAAAACCGCACUGAGACCCUAAAUCUUUCGCGUCUAAUGGUCAGGGUGGAAGAUUUUGAAGCUCGGAAGAACAUCCUUACAGUAUUACGGAAUUCAGAGCAAGCGUGUCGGCGACUGUUUUUAGAUUACCACGGCCUUAAGUUGCUUUGGGGUUGGAUGGUUGAUGCUUCAUCCCUUGGCCAAAGUUCUGAGAACCUUCAGUUUAAGUUGGACCUGCUCUCCACAUUAUCUAGCCUUCCAGUGCCUAAUAAAACCAUGCUGUUGGACAGCAAGUUAAUAUCCAUUGUUGAAAAAUGGUCUACUGUUAGUGAAUCUCCAUCAACGGUGGAGGUACCUAAGCCGGAAAACUCAACUGAAACUGAAGAAAUGGUCGAAAAUCAAAUGGAACUACCAAAUCAAAUAAUUUCCAUGGCAUCUCAGUUGCUUGACUCGUGGUCAAAUUUAAAAGAAGUCUUCCGAAUUCCCAAAAGAGAGCGUAUUGAAAAAAUGAAAGAACAUGAACGUGAAGCCGACAAAGAGUGGAACAUGAUUCCCGAUGUGGCUGAUCAGCUCAACAAGCAAAGUAGCUAUGACCGCCGACCAAAUAACCAACAUCGGAUGGAUUCGGUUUAUCGAGAACCUAAGGAAAGGGAGAAAUUGAAAAGGUUACGGGAUUCUCCUGAUCGAGAAAACCGUAAAAUGCCUCGUUUGGAAGUUGACAAUAUUUCGAAAGAGGAGCGUCGACGACUGUUCGCCCUUAAAGUUGCCCAACAGGAUGAAGAGCUGCGUGCACGAAAGUGCCAGGCUGACGUUUGGAGAAGGCAUUUAGAAAAAUGUCUCGCAUUUGGCGUUGAGCCAGCCAUCACACCCUUUGAUUGUGAAGCAACUCCUUUCCUCGCUUCAGCCAGCCCCGGCUAUAGUAUUGGGCUACCUCAAGUAAUUUGGGAUCCUGUUCUUGGUGUUUGGCAACCUUGUUCAGAUGAACUUGGUUCAUCAUCGGCAAAUCUCUCUGCUCUUACACCGCUCUCCGAAACCAGCUCAACCAAUCAAGCAAAGGUUUCCAAUGAGCCACCCCUCCUCCACCUAGUCAUACCAAAAGGUUAUAAUCCGACUAUUAUGGGUCCUCUUGUCAUGGACUUUGACCUUUGUAAACAUGAAGGUUCUGGGGUCCCUUAUGUUCCAGCCUCACUUGUGGUUCCAUUGGAAAAUGAUUCUUUCCACACUGGCACUUCUCUUGGUGAUUCCACGGAAGUUCCUCUGUUGCCAUUUAAACUUCCCUCCUUCUGGCGACAUGCUAUGGACGAACGUGGUCGUAUCUAUUAUUACCAUGUACGUUUAAGGCUAGCGCAGUGGGAGCCUCCUACAGCGGAAGUUGACACACCCGAUUUUAGCUCCGAAGAGGAGGAAGAAGUGGAAGAUGCUAUUGAGCCCGUCACAUCAACCGCCGUUGUUGAUUCGGCAGCUAACUCCAUUUCGCAAAAUUCUAAAGAACAGGAAAGAGAGCGGCGGAGAAGUCUUCUUUGCCGCGAGAAAAUCAUAAGCCCACGCAGUGAAUUUGAAAAAAGUGAUGAUGCUCAAAGAUAUCGCGAGCUUAAGGAACGCGUUUUGCGCCAAAAACUUGCUCGCAUUCGAGAACGAGGUCUUUGGAUAGAAGAAACCAAAACUGAAGAAAAGACCAAAAGUAGGGAAAAAGAAAGAAGAAAGUUAAAUGAAAAAGAGAAACAAAAGAUGAGAAAGCGAGCCAAAGAAAAAUACAAACGCUCUUUACUCAAGGUAGAUGGCCGCAAGAAGACCAAAGAACCAAGCGCAAAAGAUAAAGUUGAAGCAGCUGGGAUAGACGAAAAAGAUGGAGAAGCUGUCGUCAAUGGUGAAGGGAACGACAUAGGCGGAGAAAGAUAUAUGAUGGAGGGAUCGUUAGACGACUACAUGCUAAUAGGUGAAGCCGAAGACGAAGCUGGUGAGCAAGAAAGGAACCGAAAUGUCUCCGCCAACACAGUUCGCAAAAUCAAGGAUGCUUUCCGUAUGAAAAUCUCAUCUGAUAUUGUCAACAUUCUCAAUCCGUAUCGGCGACCUGAUUGCAAACUCGGGCGCAUAACCUGUACAGAUGAUUUCAAGCAUUUGGCACGGAAGAUGACACAUUUCGUUUUGGCAAAGGAGCUCAAGCACUGCCGUAAUAUUCAGGAUUUAGUGGUGAACGACAGCGUCAAGCAUAAAGCAAAGGAUUUUAUUAAGAAAUACAUGGCGAAAUUCGGACCUGCAUAUAAGCGGGGAAACGACGAAGACGCAUGAACUCGACUCCUAAUCAUUUUGUCUUGUAACAGUGUAUCGCCCGACUGUUGUGUACAAUGUAUUUAGCUCCUGCAAUUUUUAUCUGUUUUAAAAAGAAAACAAAAAAACGAUGAAUAUAUGAAAUUUCAACGAA